AGCAGGUCCUGUGGCGCCGCGCCGCGGGCCCCACCCUGGGCGCGCCCGGAUACCGUACCCGCGCGGCUUGCUCCGAGGCCACCUCGCACAUGCGUUAGGGAGAUGCCGCGCCGCGCGUCGCUGCAGGCAGCGCUCCUGGCUGCGGCGGCCGGCCUUCUGCCGACCGCGAGCGGCCUCGCGGUGGCGAGCGAGUCGUCCGCCGAGGCGGAGGCAUGGCCGCUCUCGAGGCUCUCCGGAAUCCAGAUCAAGAGCGCCAGUGACCUGGACUGGGCGAUGCAGAGGCAAGAUCUCCAUACCCACUUCAAUCGACGGCAGAAGUACCUGAAGUGCCCCGUCCUCAACACCACCGGGACCCACAUCGUCCACAUGCUGUAUUUCCCGUGGAACAAGACUACGCAGACCUUGAAGGCCAACGAGUCGGACUUCGACCACGAGUUCUACGUGCGCUUCUCGGCGCUGCUGCAGGGGAAGUACUGCGUCAAGCUCUGGCAGCUGUCCGACAUGCGCACGUACGUGAAGGCUGAGUACCCAGGCCUCUGGGAGCUCGUGGAGCAGAAGGCGGACCGGCCCGUGGCGCUCGUUGACUUCUACCGCCUGCUCGUCGUCCACGACUUUGGUGGUAUCUUCUGGCAAUACGGCUCAGAGCUGACCAAUUCGGCGUUGAGGCUAUCUGACCCCUUCGACCAGUUCUUGCCCCCGAAAGGCAAGAGCGCGAGGCUCUUGGUCGAGAAAUGGAUCACGGAGGCGGAUGCGGAAGAGAUGGGCAGGACCAGGAAGAGCCGAAAGGGAGUUCCGCCAACAUUGAGGCGUAUUGCAACUCAGGUCUUCUCGGCGAGCCCGCACAACGAGUUCCUGCGCUUCGCGAGCCAGAGGGCCAUCUCGAACCUGCUGACCAUCCCCGUCGAGAGAGACUACGACAUCUUGGAGACGAUGGGCAACGGCAUGUUCUCCGAGGCCUUCAACGAUUACGUGAAGCUCGGCAAGGCCAACGAUAUCGAUGUGGUCGACUUCGAGGCGUGACGCAUGCAUCGUGAACAUCCCCUGGCCCAGACAUGUACGCGACGCCAGCGCGACAGGCGUGCCUUCGAAUGGCCUCGUAGCGCCCCUCACAGGGGUAGACGCCAAUGUGUGCUGGCUGCCUCUGCGCAGGGAUCCGAGGGACGAGGAGACGCGGCACAUCGUGAGGUAUUCCCACACAUUCUCUUGGCAGCCCUCGCGACGAUAAUGUCUUGCCGUCAUCAUUUGCUUCGUGCAGUUUGCGAUAUUGCUGUGGCCUCCGGCCAGUGCCGCCGAUCCGGGGCGCUCGGGAUGCCGGUGGACAUGGACGACGACGGCGACGACGACGUUUUUGUGCGGUGUGCGAGAUCUCAUCGUCUUGUGAGCAGUGGGCCCCCUCUCGCCAG